AUGUCUACUCCAGUCCCUUCUCCCGACUCUCAGCCUUCUGGUCCGUCUACUCAGCCUACUGAUCGUUCAGCCUCGACCUCGGAGGCGCAAUGGCAAGAGGAGGAUAGUACUCUUGUCGUUUUGAAGCAUUUCAAGGUUCCCAUCCGUCUGGACACACUCGGUGCUGUCCGCGUUUGCAAGUAUUGCGCCAUCGAGUUCAAGGGUGGUGCGUUUCGAUGCGCUCAGCAUCUCGCGAAAUGGAAGGGACAGAGAUCUCGCGACGUCCGCCUGUGCGCUAAGGUUCCGCCCGACGUGCGAGCGGCGUUGCGCGCGCAUUACGAGAAGAAGGCAGCCAACCGCGACGAAAAAAGGCGGGCCGAGGAUGCUGCGCUCGAUGCUGUCGUGGGAGGUGCGAAGAAAGGCCGCAUCACCGACUUCAUUGGCGACGACGCGCAAUGCAAGAAGGGCGAUGCGGACAACUCCGUCUUCGCCCUUUGCAUGGACGGGGGCUCCAACUACGGGGCCGCCUGCAAGGAGCUGAUGGCGGAUUGGCCGCACAUCAAGUACGUGCCGUGCGCUACGCACGUGCUCGACCUCCUGAUGGAGGACGUGGGCAAAAUCACGUGGUGCAAGGAGAUAGUGGAUAGAUGCGGGGACAUGAUCACCUACGUCCGCAACCACCAUUUCACCCGCAAUUACCUGAGGAGUGGGGCGGUGAAGGGAGGAAAGGGGAAGCAGCUUGUGAAGCCGGCGGGGACCAGGUUCGGCACCAACUACAUCGCCCUCUCAAGGCUCGUCCAGCUGCGGUCCACACUGUCGCAGAUGGUGCUGAGCGAGGAGUACGCCAACUGGUCGGCGGGGGCUUGGAAGCUGACGGCGGAUACGUUCCGCGGCCACGUCAUGGACGACGCAUGGUGGAAGAAUGCUACCUACCUGGUGGAGCUAUUGAAGAUUCCGUUCAAGGUGAUGCGGGCCACGGACAGCAGCGCGAAAGGCAUGAUGGGAACCAUCUACGACCUUAUGCUCCAGCUGACCGAGGACGUGAACGCCAAGCUGGAAGCGGGGGAGAAGAUUGUGCCGCGGGCGGUUGCGGCUGACAUUGGGAAGAUUAUUAGGCGCCGUUGGGACGAGAGCCUUGCUUGGGCUCUUCACGUCGUGGGGCGGGUCCUGAACCCGGCAAAUCAGGAAGAGGGUAUUUUCCGCAACGACGUGGAAUGUACCCGCAUCUUCAAGGCGUUCAUCGCACGUCACUACGACGGCAAGACGUUCACCAACAAGGAUUGUGAGGAGAGGCGGGCCUCUCUUGUUUUGCAGGAAAGGCUCACGGCCUUCCUCACCCUUGAAGGAUCCUUCGGCCUCCCCGAGGCAAUUGCCGACAGGGAGGCCGUGAAGGCGGGCAAGCACUCGAUGGUGCAGUGGUGGGGAUGGCACGGGACUGACCACCCCCACCUGGCCAGCCUUGCGUGCCGUGCCCUGACACAGCCGGUGUCGGCCUCGCCGUGUGAGCGCGGGUGGGCAUCGUGGGAGUCGGUGCACACUGCCCGCCGCAACAAGCUAGGCUCGGAGAAGCCCCGAGACCUAGUUUUUGUGACCCACAACUGGCAUGUGGUCCACAAGUAUCACAAGAGGGGUGAGUCACUGGCGGUGCUUCCGGGCAACAUCCCAGAACCCGGUCUGCCGGAGGGAUACAACAAGGAGGAGGAAGGGGAGGAGGAGGAGGAGGGGGAGGGGGAUGAAGCCGUGCUGGCCGAUGAGUACGUGGAGUAA